GAAAGGAAAGACUGGGAAACCCAUGGACCCACCCUAAUGUGGAAGAACAGCCAAAUCACAAGAAAUGGUGUGUCUUACUCACUUAGGCUGCCUGUGUUCUUAACAGGUGAGACAUCUCAGUGCCUGCCUUGCCUCUUUUGUCCUAUACCUCAUAGAUACUGCACAAUCCCAUGAUUUUUACUCAUGGAGGUCCUCCUGUGUUUUGUAGGGACCUUAAAGACUCAACCGAAAGUGACUGACCACUUAACAAAGAAAAUCUAUUCCCAUAUUCACCCUCAGAGAUUGCCUGGGUCCUCUGUCUCAAAGAUACUCUUCCUGAGUGGACCAAAGGGUAUUCUUUCCUUAGAAUCAUAACUCUUUUGCCUGUGUGUGAUGGCUUUUGGACAGUAGAUGAUGGAAUCUUUAAGUCUGCAUUUAAUGAAACCAAAUUACCUUCCCAUCACAUUUUUGUCCCUUUUCCAGAGACAGAAGAAAGACUAGGAUAGAUUUAGUUAUUUGGCAGGGUUUAUAAAUGUCUGCUCCAAUAUCUACUCUCACAGUAUUCUCAGCUCUGCAGGGAGUAGGAACUCCCUGGAGGUGAGAGGUAGAAGGGGCAGGAAGGAAGAUACAGAAUUCUUUGUCUUGUCUUCUCAAGACAAGAAUCUUUGUCUUGAGAUGCUGUCAUGGAGAAUUUUUACUUCCACGUUAGGAGGGAAGGCAGCUAGGAGCCAAGAUCUUCCUCUCCCUUCUACUGGUUAUUUCCUCCUAAUUGAUGUGAGAAACAGCCAGCUCAGUCUUCUGCAGCUUCCUUCAAUUCUUGUUAGACAUGUAUGUUCUCUGUUCCUGCUGAGUUUUCUCCCUUCUCUCUCUAGAAAGAGAUCAUCUGUAGUUGUGUCUGCUCGGGAUCUAAUGUUUGCACUUUUUCUCUCCACUUUGAAAUGCUUAAUACAAUUGAAAUGGAAAAAAAUAUUAUUACAUGGGAAUUGGGAAUUCUCUUACAUAGUCACAACUGCUUUCAGUCAAGAGAGUUAAAAUUCUUUCCAAAACAGCCACAUCUUGUUCUGGAUAAAUGCCAGGGAGCAGGAAUGUUCCUAGGUUGAGUGUAGGAUGUUAGUUUUCAGGUCCAGUGAUAAGAAGAAAAGUGGGAGUAAGAAGUUUGCUGAUCUGAAAUCAAACCUAGUCCUAUGUUUGUCCCCAUGUAGAAUAACUGAGGGACAAUCCCAAAUACAAGCACAAAUACAGGCUGAGUGGCAAAUUAAUUUAGAGCAGCCCUGCCAAGGAGAACUUGAGGGUGUUGGUUUGACCAGAAGUUCGACAUGACCUGGCAAUGUACAUUCACAGCCUAGAAAACCAACCUUGCCCUGAGCUGCAUCCAAAGCAGCAUGAACAGCAGGGCAAGAGAGGGGAUUCUACCCCUCUGCUCUUGUGAGACCCUACCUGGGGUGAUGGAUCCAGCUCUGGGGUUCCUAGUGCAAGGAAAACACAGACCUCUUAGAGCAAGUCAAGAGGAGACCACCAAGAUGCUCAGAGGGCUGGAGCACCUCUCCUAUGGAGACAGGCUGAGAGAGCUGGGGUUGUUCAGCUUGGAGACAGCUCCAGGGCCACCUUGGAGCCCCUUCCAGUACCUAGAGGGGGCUACAGGAGAGCUGGAGAGGGACUUCUUGUGAGGGCAUGUAGUGACAGGACAAGGGAGAAUGGCUUGAAAGAGGGCAGGUUUAGAUUAGAUGUUAGGAAGUAAUUGUCUACUGAGGAUGGUAAGACACUGGCAGAGGUUGGCCAGAGAAGCUGUGGAUGUGCCAUCCCUGGAAGAGUUCAAGGCCAGGUUGAAUGGAGCUUUGAGGGCCUGGUCUAGUGGAAGGAGUCCCUGUCAGUGGCAAAAGGUUUGAAACUAUGUGUCCUUUAAAGUCCCUUCCAACCCAAACCAUUCAGUAGUUCUGUGAUUCUAUCAUUUAAUAUGAGUUGCUGAAACUAUCUACCUGCUUUUCCUCUCCCCUGCACCAUGGUUAGUGUGUCGGUAUAGGUACAUUAAUAUCAAAUCCACAGAAACCAUCAAAAAAACCUUCAGUAUCUUCCAAGACAGUGUUACUACUUUGGUGCAUGAUUUUAGUAAAACACUCUAAAACACUAGAUCUUGUAUUUGCCUUUACAUGUAGGGCUUCUUCAAACCCAAGGACACAAAGCUGGGAUUCAGGCUAAGCCAGCAAUCAAGCACUAGGUUACUGGUCAGCAUAGGUUUUAACCUAUGUUAAUCAGCAGCUUUGACUCAUGAAUCAUACACAAAACAAUAGUGGAGUGCCAUGACAGUUUUGGUGGAAAACACAGCUUCCAGGCAUGACCAGAGAGGAUAAGCAAUACUGUCAUUGUAGAUCAUCUAGUCUUUUCCUGGACUUGCCAUUUUCCUGUGUUUGGAUGACAAGGGUUUGCUUUCAGGGUAGCCAGAUAUGAAGUGCUUGUGAAGCCUGGUGUUGGUGUGGAAUGCUGCCAAGGGAAGGUCCACACCCCUUCAGAACAGCUCCUUCCCUUGCUGUAGGUGUUGUGCUCAAAGUAAAUCUUCUGAAUCCUGAAUUACAUAAACUGGGUGGGACUGGGUCAUACUCUCAUACCUCAAAGCCUUCCUGUUUGCACAGCCACAGCUGCCCCAGCUCAGCAGAAGACAGCUUUGGGGAAAGGAUGAGCCAAGCUUUCAAACCGAGGGAGCCUUAACAGAGACAGAGCACGUGUCACUCACAGACCUCAAAGGGCUUGGCAGUCAAGGAGUGUCCUGGAGAUGAAACCCUGCGCCACUUACGAGCUGUUAGUGGAUGGUGUUGGGACAUGGGACUUCACUGGAGGUUUUGUUCCCUGUGAGCUGCUCCUUGUUGGAGAGGAUGCCUACCCUGUGCUCCUGAGCGCUAAGAAGCAGGUCCUGAUUGCUGUUUCACAGUAUGGGAAGGGCCGGAUGGUGGUUGUUUCCCAUGAAGGAAUCCUGAAGGGCCCCAAGUUCUCCCAGUUCCUCAGAAAUGCCGUAGAGUGGCUCAAGCCUUGCCCAGAGGCCCUGGUUGGGGUUCAUCCUCGUCUGGAUUCCCUGUCCCAGGUGCUGCUUGGGGCUGGCACCCGAGUGCAGGUGGGGGCAGAGCCCAGCCCAUCCAUGGGGGUGUUCUGUAUGGAUGCCUAUGACAGCUCCCAGGCCAAAGGCGUCGUUGACUUUGUCAAAGGGGGUGGAGGGCUUCUUGUUGGAGGCCAAGCCUGGUAUUGGGCAAGUCGACACGGCAAGGAGAAGGUGCUGUUUGAAUUCCCUGGGAACCAGGUGACCAGUGUGGCUGGCGUGUACUUCACAGGAAACACAGUGGAAAAAGGCAUCUUCAAAGUCGCCAAGAAGAUUCCCAAGAUCCCUUUAGUUGUCCCGCACCAGGCCAACCUGAGCCUUGAUGCCGAAUUUCUCCUGCGCGGUGUGUCGGAGCUGGAUUUGGUGACGGGGGGCAUGCCCUCCACCUUGCUGGUGCACGGAGCCCUCUCCUUCCCGCUGUGCCUGGACAGCUCCCAGCGCUGCCUCUUGGCUGCCGCACGCUACGGCCGUGGCCGUGUGGUGGUGGCAACCCACGAGAGCCAACUCUUCUCCCCAAAGCUGGCCAGGUUCCUGCUCAAUGCUGUCUCCUGGCUGGAUGCCGGGAGGAAGGGGCUGGUGGGGGUGGAUCCCAGCCUGAAGAAGCUGUGUAGCCUCCUGUCUCAGGCAGAGGUGAAGUCGCAGCUGUCACAGCUGGCAGGUGACAUCAGCGUGUACUGCUGCACCUCUUAUGGUGACAAAGAAGCCGAGAGAAUCCACACUUUCGUUGCAGAGGGAGGCGGCCUGCUGGUGGGGGGCCAGGCCUGGUACUGGGCUUCCCAGAACUGUGGAAAAGCUGCUGUGGCAGAAUAUCCUGGCAACAGGAUCCUGAACCGCUUUGGGCUGAGCAUCCUGGGGCAGAGCGGCCAGGCAGCCAAGUACCUGCCCGUGGGGCAGGGGGAGCACUACCACUUCCGCAGGGCGCUCCUGCUCUUCAGCACGCAGCUGCAGGGGCACCAGGAGCUCACAGAGCCCCUGAAGGGCUGGCUGCACCCUCUGGCGCAGGACUGCGCUGCCUUCCUGCACAUCCCAGCCCACGACUGCCCGGCAUACGCCUCGCUCCACCGCAUCCUGACCAAAGUGCUCAAGAGGACUGGGAUCCCACAGGUCAGCAGGCACUGCCCGGUCAAGAGCAACUCCAAAGAGGCAGUGCUUCUCUGCAUGGCGACCGAGCUGUCCCUCACCAUGACAGACAGUGCGGCCCUCGUGCAGAAAUCUGCUGCUGGGGCCUGUGGCCUCCCUGUCACUGUGGAAAUCGAUGGCACAAACCCAGGAAAGACAGCCUGGAGAAGCACAGGGCUCUACCUCCCUGAAGGGCACACAGCAGUAAUAAUGUGCCCUUGUCUGGUGGUCGGUGCUGGUCUGAAGGUGCAGGUUGGGUGUCACACAGAUGACCUCUCUAAAGCCAAGGAGCUGAAACGGGCACCAGUGGUAAUACGCACCUGUGAUGUUGCCUGCCAGAAACAAUCCAUUUCCUGCCUCUGGGGUGGCCUCAUUUACAUCAUAGUACCAGCAAAGAGUGUCCUGGGGAACGUGCCCAUCACGGUGGAAGGGGCAGUCAGAGCUCCUUUCUUCAAGCUUGGGGAGACCUGUGAAAGGCAGUGGGAGGCCUGUAUCCGGCACUACCCUGCUCCCUGGGCAGAGCUUGCUGUUGAGAAUCUCAUCCUGACGGUGCCUUCUGACAGCAUCCGCCACAUGGAGAACCCACGGCCGCUGCUGACCCUGUGGAACAAGAUCAUGGUGGCGAUAAGCAAGUUGGCAGCCGUACCAGCAAAAUUCCCAAGGCCAGAGAGGAUUGUAACAGAUGUCCAGAUCUCAUGUGGCUGGAUGCAUGCUGGCUACCCCAUCAUGGGCCACCUGGAUUCAGUGAAGGAGAUGUUAGAUGUGAAGCACAUACAAACUGCUGGUCUUUGGGGUCCUAUCCAUGAGCUGGGACACAAUCAACAGCAGCAGGCAUGGGAGUUUCCUCCUCACACCACAGAGGCCACAUGCAACCUCUGGUCUGUCUAUGUUCAUGAGGAGGUGCUGGGCAUUCCCAGGCAUCAGGCCCAUCAGGCACUCAGGCCACAGUGCCGGAAGGAAAGGAUAAAAGAGUAUCUGAAGAAAGGUGCUCAGCUAAAGGACUGGAACGUGUGGACUGCUCUGGAGACAUACCUGCAGAAACUAUUAGCCUAAUGGAAAAGCACUCAACCUGAUUUUAACUGGGGACUGCAAAGCAGAUGUCCAUUAUGAUGGCUUAAGGUACUGACUGUUGUGAGGUGAGUAUCUCUCAGCUUCCUUGUCUGAGAGCUCUCACAUUUUAUAUGAGGAAAGGAAUAUUUACUGGAGUAUUGAUCCUGACUUUUCCACAUCCCAGAGAAGCAUUUGAAUUGUCAAGCUGAAGAGUCAUCCUCUGGGGUUUUUUGGUGCAACGAAUAAUAAAAUAUUUACACAGAGUGGAACAGUUUUAGGAGGAGAUAUUUUCCCACAGUACCUUACCGGUUUGGCCACUGCCUCACUGCCUCACCCACACUUGUAGGCUGGGAUGUCUCAUCUCUUGUUUGGUUACUAACAGGACUGCUGGAAUAAAUGUGGCAUGGAAGAACAGUUCUAAUUCUGCAGCAGCAGUUUUUCUGUUUGAACUCCUUUUGUUCUUAUUCUUAGGCCAAGCAUGUCCUGUUCAUAAUUUCUCCUCAUUUUCUCAACACUCCUUGAGCUCCUGUACUCCUUUCUGGCUAUCCUGUCAGUGUCCCUCCCCUCUGAUACUGUUUUCACUGUCUUCAAAGCAGCAGCUUAUAUAAUAGGUUGCUGACACUUCUGCCUACUCCCAAUGUAUCUUUGAUCUCUGUUUGUUUUGGGAGAUCAGUAUAAUGGAGGUAUUUUUCUGUAUUUUAGUGCUGUUAGUUAUGCUCUGAAGCCUGAAAGUUGGGUGCUUUCAUCUAAAUUUACAUUCAUUCUAUAAGACACUGCAGAGACCUGUGGAAUUUUCUAUUGUGUGUACAGGAAUAAUGCCAGUGAAAUGAUAGCUUAAUUGUUUGUACACUGAAUUAUUUUU